AUGCGUGACAGCGAAAUAAAAAUUGACCUUCCAAAACAUUUAGCUUGCCAUCAACAAUAUGAAUGCCUCUCGAUGCAAUCUGAAACAGAUGGGACAUUGCCAAAUCCUACCGACUCGCUGGACACAACAUUUUGGUUGCACACAAGAAGCACUCCUUCACCUGUUCAAUUGAAUCUUGUACAGAAGAGCAGUGAAACUUUUCUAGUAGAUAGGAAGAAAUUGGUAGUAAUUGGUCAUGGCUUUCGCGGAUUUGUUAUCCUUGAAAGAGAAUCUCAAAGUUGUCUUUUUGUGAUAGGAAACUCAAGUAAAUCGUGGAUACAACCCAUGGUUAAUGCUUUACUGAGAGUGGAGGACAUGAACAUAAUCGUGGUUGACUGGGAAAAUGGGGCUGCACCUCCAUACCCAAGUGCGGUUGCCAAUAGCAGACUAGUUGGUGAGUUCAAAAACAAAGUAUUUGGCCUCGCGCUACUUCUGUUAUUACCUAAUAAAAACGCGAUGAAGAGCUGUUUUACUAAUAUAAAUAUUUAUCUCCAUUUAGGACGUGAAAUCUCGAGCUUGCUAAAAAAGCUUCUGGCUCAGAAAGAUCUUUUGCAACCUUCCGAUAUUCAUUUGAUUGGGUUUAGUCUUGGUGCACAUUUAGUUGGAUUUGCAGGAAAGAACUUGAGAGAAGAAGGUCUUCUAGUAGGAAGAAUAACCGGUUUAGAUCCAGCUGGACCUCUUUUUGAAAAAGCUGAAAAGGAUUCCCGCCUAGAUAAAGAUGAUGCUCAAUUUGUAGAUAUCAUUCACACAGAUACAAGAACAUUCUAUUUUGCAGGACUUGGAAUUAAAAAAGCAAUUGGAAAUAUUGAUUUCUAUCCUAACGGAGGCUUUUUUCAGCCUGGUUGCCAACGACUAACUUUAGGUAUACAGAUUUAUAACAGAAACGUAAUUCUUUUAGAUCUUUUAGCAAGCGGUGGAGGACUUGAUGAUUUAGGAUGUAGCCACGCCCGAGCUGUUGAGUAUUUUAUUGAAUCCAUACUAAACAAGGAUGCCUUUGAAGCGUACCAAUGUUCCACUUAUGAAGGAUUUAAGAGAGGCACAUGUAAAGAAAAUAAUGGGAAAAUCAUUUCUAACAAUAUGGGAUUUCACGUUGACAAAACAAGUGGAACAUUCUUUUUAAAGACAAAUGCUGAACGCCCUUUCUCAGGUACAAAUGUUGUUUAAAAAUGCUGAAUAACUAGAAAAAAUUGAUUGUGACUUUCCACAACAACACUAUUUUUCAGAUUCAAAAUUUAUAGUACAAAUAAAAACUAUUUCCUUUUUUCAAAUCUUAAAACUAAAAAAAAGGAAAUUUCAAUUUCAAAUCUUCGGCAUUGUUUCGUCCUAUUUUCAGGUCAUCACUAUCUCCUAACCGUAACUACUGGCACUAAAUUUUUUUCUGGUACAUUUGCAAAACUUCAAGUAAAACUGUAUGGAAUGAAAGGUGCAU